AUACUCAGAAGGAUGCCAAAAUAGACUAGAGCCGUGUAUAAACAGCAUGGAUUGCAUUAACAGGUCUCCCGGGGUGAGCGGAGUCUUAUCCCCACUCUCUUUGCCUACCUUGUGCUCACCCCGUGGUUAUGUAACCUUUAGAAUGGAAUCUGGAAACUCUUCUGACCCUGCCCUGCUCACUGAUAGAGCUGAGCCAGUGGCUGGCAGGGGCACAAUCUAAUAGGCAAAACUGGAAACAUACGAACUCAGCCCUCUGGUCUCGGCCCAGAGACUGUGCAGGCAGGGAAAGAAAGACGCGCCCCUGUCUCUCCCGUCCCCUCCUCUGGCCUAAGUUUGCACUGACUUCACCCGACAGGCACCUGACCCUCCCAGAUGAUCUGGGAGGGGCUAAAGCGCCAUGCUCGGCCAUGGUAAGGGUGGAGGUGCAGCAGCAAACGAUAUUUAAGAUGCUCAGUUUGUUGAGCAUUCAGACUUGGGAAGAAAAGCUACAGGCUACCCAACUGAGCUGCACUUUCAGAAACGCAAGUUUUGAGAAAGGCUAAGAAAGAGCAAGGAGAGAGAGAACAGCAAAGCGGUAAGUCCCUCACGAGUGAAAGUCUUAGGUUUUAAUCUGCCACAGCUUUGCACAUCUCAGCUGGGCAUAGCUAGGUUCCCCUGAGGAAGAGCCUUCCUCACCCAGGCCCACGAAAGAUGCUGAAAAAGACUCUCUCGGCUGUGGCAUGGCUCUGCAUUUUCCUCGUGGCCUUUGUCAGCCACCCAGUUUGGCCACAGAAGCCCCCUAAGCGCAAGACCCCGGCAGAGCUCACCGCAGCCACCUGCUGUGAGGAGGCAAAGGCGCUCCAGGCCCAGAUCACCAACCUGAGCAGCCUGCUGAGUGACCUGGGCAAGAAGCAGGAGAGGGACUGGGUCAGCGUGGUCAUGCAGGUGAUGGAGCUGGAAAGCAGCGCCAAGAGCAUGGAGACGCGGCUCACUGAGGCCGAGAGCAAGUACUCCGAGAUGAACAACCAGAUCGGCAUCAUGCAGCUGCAGGCAGCACAGACGGUCACCCAGACCUCGGCAGAUGCCAUCUACGACUGCUCAUCCCUCUACCAGAAGAACUACCGCAUCUCUGGAGUAUACAAGCUUCCUCCUGACGACUUCUUGGGCAGCCCUGAACUGGAGGUGUUCUGUGACAUGGAGACUUCAGGUGGCGGCUGGACCAUCAUUCAGAGACGCAAGAGUGGCCUCGUCUCCUUCUACCGGGACUGGAAGCAGUACAAGCAGGGCUUUGGCAGCAUCCGUGGGGACUUCUGGCUGGGGAACGACCACAUCCACCGGCUCUCCAGGCGGCCCACCCGGCUGCGUGUGGAGAUGCAGGACUGGGAGGGCAACAUGCGCUACGCCGAGUACAGCCACUUUGUUCUGGGCAACGAACUGAAUAGCUACCGCCUCUUCCUGGGGAACUACAGCGGCGACGUGGGAAAUGACGCCCUCAUCUAUCACAACAACACAGCCUUCAGCACCAAGGACAAGGACAACGACAACUGCCUGGACAAGUGUGCCCAGCUCCGCAAAGGUGGAUACUGGUACAACUGCUGCACAGACUCCAACCUCAAUGGCGUCUACUACCGCCUCGGGGAGCACAACAAGCACCUGGAUGGCAUCACCUGGUAUGGCUGGCACGGCUCCAGCUACUCCCUCAAACGAGUGGAGAUGAAAAUCCGCCCGGAAGACUUCCAGCCAUAAAAAGGGGCCUGAUCUGGAGGAGGACUGGAGAAACCAGAGGCUGGGAAAAGGGCAGAGGAAGAGAGGGAGGGAGUCUAGAAAGGGGAGGGAUGGGAAGUGCCCCAUCAUCUUCAAGGAGAGGGGGCAUCUCUUAGGAGAACAGGACUCUGUGCUGAGAAUGUUAAAGUAAGUGGGAAGAGGUAUUUAAAUGCAAUGGGUCCAGACACACACUUCUCAGGGGGCUGGCCUGAGGGGGUUCCCUGCCUGUGAUCCCUGACAUAGCAGCAGCUUCUCUUUUCCACACAAUUUUUCUGUGGAGGAAAAACAAUUGUGAGUUCAUUUCAGCCAUUUUGCCUGAGGCCGAGGUGAUGUGAGGGCAGAAAAUGAACCAUAUUCCUUUGAUUCUCUUGGGUGUUAGAGAAAGGAGUGAAGGGAGUGGUGGGGGCGAGGGGUUUCUAUUUUUAAACCCAAUGAAAUUAUCUUCAGUCUACACACUUUUUUUUUUAAAGACAAAAAUUGUUCGGCUGGAGGUGAAGGUGGACCCAGGCUGGAAUUGACUGGAGGAGGCUCCAGGGUUCUGGGCCUUGCACUGGUCUCUGAGCACCUCCCCUCCAUCAGGUGCAGCACUGAGAGGCAGGGAGUAAGCCCAGUGGUGGCAGGAGCUCAGCUGGAGGGGAAGAUAAGUCCCUGUGGACGCGAGCACAAAACUGACUUAAAAUUUUCUCUGUCAAUACAGAUACAUCUAUUUUUAUUUACUUUAUGAGAAAAGGGAUCAAAAAGCUUCCUCUUUUAUCUCGUCUAUAAAAAAAUGGCUGAAACAGGAGAGUAAAUGGUACCAUGGUUAAUAAAUAAUUCAUGCUGCAUAUAAAUAAGCAUUUUGCUUUGUAAAAAUAAAAUACUGUAGUUUGUUUUCAACAUUCAGUUUUUUUCUUCCUUCCACAAAUCUUGUUCCUUUUUAAAUGAUUACUAUUACCACUGAGGGCAUGGUGAAAAGUUUUAAGUGAAAAAUCAGAGUGAGCCAUGAGAAAGAGACUCUGGGUGUGCUGCAGUCUUCAGGGAUACCCAGGGAGGAGCAGGAAGCCGAAGAAAGAAAAGCAAGGGAGAGAAAGGGCAGCAGG